CACGUCUUCACGGUGUACACCAGCACUAACGGCCACGGUGGUGUUAUUGGCGGCGUCGUGGUGGUGAUCGGUAACGACACAGCGGCCGGGCCCACGUCACCGCUGCUGCAGACGGCCACGCCGCCGACGCCGCCGGUCCUCGUCGGCCAACCAAACGUCACCGGCGGUGGCGGCGGCGGCGGUGGUGGUGUCGUAGUGGUCGGUGGUGGUGGCGAGGGCCCGUUCGACGGCGGCUACUGGUGGUGGGCYUUGCUGGCCGUGUUCCUGGUGCUGGCCACGGCCGCUGGCAACAUACUCGUGUGUCUGGCCAUCACGUGGGAGCGCCGGUUGCAGAACGUCACCAAUUACUUCCUCAUGUCACUGGCCGUCACUGAUCUCAUGGUCGCCAUCCUCGUCAUGCCCGUCGGUAUUCUCACACUCGUCAAAGGAGAGUUUCCGUUCGCUCCUGUAUACUGUCUAGCAUGGAUAUGUCUGGAUGUUUUGUUCUGCACUGCCAGYAUAAUGCACUUGUGCACGAUCAGCGUAGACCGUUAUUUGAGCCUGAGGUAUCCGAUGAAAUUUGGCAGGAACAAAACGCGGCGAAGGGUGAUACUGAAGAUCGUGUUCGUGUGGUUGCUGUCGAUAGCGAUGAGUUUGCCACUAAGCCUAAUGUACUCAAAAGUCAGUGAAUGGAAUAGAGGAAAAUUAUGGGUGUGCGGGGAAGUAGUCAUGURMGAUGUAAUAUUUUUCCACCACCACUAA